GAGGGCGGGGCGUCCACUGGGCCCCGCAUGGAGGCCGCGGGGUGCUCGGGCGCCGGGGAGGCAGGCGCUGCCUCCAAGCAGGGCAUCCGGGAGAGGAUCUGGGCCCACCUGGAGGCGAGCGGCCUGGCCGAGUUCCCACGGCCCGUGCAUCACCGCAUCCCCAACUUCAAGGGGUCUCACCAGGCUUGUCAGGCUAUCCAAGAGCUUGAAAUAUUCAACAGAACACGUGAGAUUAAAGUAGACCCUGACAAACCAUUAGAAGGAGUUCGACUAGCAGCACUGCAGGCAAGGAAAACUUUGUUGGUGCCAACACCACGUCUGAGGACAGGGCUGUUCAAUCAGAUUGUACCACCUCUGGGAGCAACUAAAGAGAUCCUGAGGAAAUGUGCUACCUCACAGGGGGUAAAGGAUUACAGUGUGCCUAUAGGCCUGGAUGCAAAAGUGAAAGUGGACCUGGUUGUUGUAGGAUCAGUAGCUGUCUCUGACAAAGGCUGGAGAAUUGGGAAAGGGGAAGGUUAUGCAGAUAUGGAGUAUGCAAUGAUGGUGUCAAUGGAAGCAGUCACAGAGGACACACCAGUAGUUACUAUCGUUCAUGACUGCCAGGUGGUUGACAUACCAGAAGAGCUGCUUGGAGACCAUGAUUUAACUGUGGAUUAUAUCCUCACUCCAACGAGAACUAUUAAAACCAAUUGCAAACGAUUAAAACCAAAAGGAAUAAUAUGGCGGAAGAUCAGCUAUGAGAUUCUCGGGAAAAUCCCCAUCCUCAAGAAUCUUCGCUACAGAGAGAAGCAGGCAGGGAAAGAUGUUACCCUCCAGGACGAACAUCCAGAUUUUCCAAAUGCCAACAUGCCAGCAGUGCUAGAGGAGACUGCCAAGACUGAGAACACGAGACCGCACACAGGGACCAGCCCUGCCCACGUUGGACACUGUUCUGCUGGAAAUGAUUCCUUAAGUGCCAAAUCAGAUGUGCCUGGUGCAUUCACUACUGUGUAUGUGGGUAACCUACCUGCGGGCACAAGAGUGAGCGAGUUAAAGAGCACUUUGCGAGAACUCCAUGUGACCCCUUUGCGCCUGAAUUGGCAGGGAGCGCAGCACAGAGCUUUUCUCGAUUACAAGGAUAAAGUCGCAGCUGAGAGCGCUGUAUCCUCUUUGAAAGGCUUGAGCCUGGGGGGUUGUACUUUGCGAGUUGAGCUGGCCAAGAAUCAGAGAAGCAAAGGGCAAGUGGAAAUCAACAGAAACCUAGCUCCGCAGGGAAAAUAAGUGUGUUUUCAUUGUUUAGCAAGAAGUCAACUUCUUUUUUCCUUUUUUUUUUUUUUUUAUGUUAGAAGAUCUCAGUCCAGGGUCUGAUUCUGUAAGCUAAGCAGUAAUAGGCACUGGUAUGUAAAAAGCCAGCUUUACAAACAGAUUAGCCUUACUAAUUUGCACUUCUCAUUUACCUUCUCUGGUUAUGCAAAUACACAUGCAAAUCAAAUAUUUGCAUAUGCUGAUGUAAAAAUGGCCAUUUCUGCCCACAGGUAAUGUAUAUGCUUUGGGAUGAGCGAGUAGGGUUAGAUGUGCUAGGGUGAAUGUUGAUUUAUACACAUGUCGUGUUAGACAAUCUGAUUGUUGACAUCCUGCAUGCAGGUAAUUUUAGUCUGAUAUCUGUGUGCUGCUGUAGGGGGCCAGCAAUGAGUGGUACGUGCAAAACUGCUUUUACAGAUUUAGAGGCAAACGUAAAAAAUUAAGCCCUGGGGUGCAUGGUGCCCAAGGCAUCCAAAAUGUAGCUGGGCAGAUUUCUACGCCCCCCUCAAAAAAAUCUGAAAAUGGAAGGAGGCUUGAUUUUUGGCUUUGAAGAUUCUAAUACAUUUUUGACAGAAGUGGAAUCUUUUCAGGGAAAAUGCUUUGUUCUGUUGGAAAGCCUUUUUCCAUUAAAAAAAGACAUGUUCAAGGAAUUUCUUUUUUUUGCCAGUCAAUGCCAGUUGACCCCACUGGCAUAAGAGCACUCUGACCCUCCCUGGAGUCAUGCUCAAAGUUCCUGUACUUUCUCUAAAUGUUGUACAUCUUAUUCUGGGCUGGGAGACAAGACAAACAUCACUUACCCUCCAAGCAAUUUUAGGUCCCUUUUGCAUGUUUGGAUAGGUAAGCAGCAUGGAAUUAUUUUUGCAGAUACUGGCUGCUCUGAUGAUUCUCUAUACUCACUGUACAGUGAAUAUAACUCUGAUUUAAGUGGCCUUACAUUAACAUAAAAUUUAUGUGGGGUACAGGAGAGUCAGGAUGUACACAUGCUGUUGGCAACUGAUCAAGCAUAGAGUUGUCUGAGAAAUUACUAAGAUAGUAGUAAAGCCUAUUCGUUCUAUGCCUCUAUUGCUAGUACAGCAUUUCAGUCUUCCUCUGUAACCAUGAUGUCAGGUAUUGAUAUGGGUUGGUGGUUCCAAGUGUCUCCAGAAAAGUUAUUCUUUAUAUGAAGUGCUAGCUUAAAUAAUAGGCUUUGCAGACAUCCUCCAAAACUCUCUUGUGUAGAGUAAAUCAGAAUUAUGAUUGGUUUGGAAAGACUUUAUUUUAUUCUAUAUUUUUUCAGUUCCUUAUUCCUGAAAAACAAGUUGAAUUUUGGCUGAACUAGCCUUUCUGAACAGAAGCACUUUUUGCCAUUGAUCCUGGGCAGAAAGUCAAAAUAAACAUUUAAAUGGAUAUUUUACUUUUUUGAAAAAAAAGUCUGACUUGGAAACAUUUUUCUUUGCCAAAGCAUAUUGCUAAGUAUAUUUUAAGCACAUUAUUAUGCCUCAAGGGGAGACCUUUCGUACGGUAUUAAAGAAAAUGUUCUCAGGGCUAUAGUAUGUUUGGUGCAUAAGGGUUCAAAGAAGACGUUGCUUUGACUUUCUGCAGUGAAAACAGGUGUGGCUGCUGAAGAAAUAAAAUUAUACUCUCCAAUGAUGACUCUCUUCCUCACUCAGAAUUAUUUUCAGUGCUUAGAGAGAAAAUUAAAAUCAUUACACAGCACUUCUCUCUGGUUUCUUUUUUAUGUCAAAUUGGGCAUUUUAGAAUAUGAGAGGUGUGUUUAAAGAAAUUAUGGAAGGAGAAUUAAAAAUAAUCUAAUACCCUUUUUCUCCAAAUUGCUAUAAAUGGUGUGACUUCAGACCAGUUUAUGCUCUCUCGACCUUCUAUAACCCUAUUGGCUUCAGUGAAGAUGACUGAAUGUAACAGAAAGCUCUGUCUAUAAAUGCUUCAGAAGUAAUCCUUCCCCAAAUGGCAGUCAACCACUGCCAACUUUCUUUUGCUGCGUUUCUGAUUUUGACAUCACACUUUAAGUUUGUGGUUGUUCCUUAUUCUACCUCAUCUACCUGAACAUCUGUAGUUAAUUUAUUCAAAACAGUUGCUGAGUUUUUAAUACUUUCUACGUAACAGUUCUGGGGAGGGAAAUGUAUAUAUGUGGAAUAUGUUAUAUUAUUUUUAAAUAUGUAUUUGGAAGCAUUCUGGGAAUUAAAGCUAAUUUUAACACUA